AUGAUCAUCUCCGAAGAUCCCGAGGUUGGUACGAACCAAACCGAGAAUAGGUUUUGGUGGCGCGUUUCUUGUCGGUACAAUGAAAACCGCCCGGCUAGAACCAUCUAUCGCAAUGAGAGUAUGGUGGGCAAUGCCAUAAACAGAGCCAACGACGAAAUCCAAAAGUUCCAGGGGUAUUACCUCCAGGAAGAGUGGUCGGCGGGGAGUGGCAAGAGCGAGCUCGAUAUCAUCAGUGCCGCCUUGACGACCUACCAAUCCAUGAAUUUGAAACCGUUCAAGUACCUCAAUUGUUGGCAGGAGUCGCGCCAUCAUCCGAAGUAUAAGGGAGGCGUAGUAUCCUCCUCCAGCUCCUCCAGCAAACGGUCGAGCCCCGAGUCUGGCCCGAGCAGUUCCUGCCAGACGCGAGGAAGGAAGAAGGCGACGACCAACCACCGUCGCGCCCCGACUCCAUCCGCCCCCGAUCCCGCUCCCAGUCCCGCUCACUUUGUGCCACCUCAACCCCCGACCAACUUGUUGUGGGCCCUCUUGGAUCAACUCAAUGCGACCGAUAAGUCUAACAUGACUCCCGACCAACUUGCAACACAUGUGGCAAUGAUACGGGGUCUCCGAAGAACAUUGGGGAUAGAUGACUAG